CAGUACUGCACGUGGCCGCCGAGGCCACGCCCGCUUCCGGCUCCUCCGGCUCCUCCGGCUCCUCCGCCUCAGCAUGGCUGCUUUGGGGGCUCUGCUCUCCCGAGGUGUCCGGAGGCUGCACUGCAGCGCGUCGGCUCGGGCAGGCAGCCUGUGGCGCCUCCAGCAGGGCCUGGCCGCCAGCCCUUCCGGCUACGGGCCGCUCACCGAGCUCCCGGACUGGUCUUUCGCGGAUGGCCAUCCUGCUCCCCCAAUGAAAGGCCAGCUUCGAAGAAAAGCCCAAAGGGAGAAGUUGGCAAGACGAGUUGUUCUACUGUCACAGGAAAUGGAUGCUGGGUUACAGGCCUGGCAGCUCAGGCAGCAGGAGAAGAUGCAGGAGGAAGAAAGGAAACAGAAAAAUGCUCUUAAGCCAAAAAGGACCUUGCUGCAGAGCCCACUACCAAGUCAAUAAAAAGCAACUCCCACGCCACUUCCCCAGCUGUCUUUCCCAUCACCUGGAUGUCUCAUCUCAGCCAGAAGAGAGCCUUUAUGUUUUGUCUUUGGAGCCAAAGUCAGUGUCCUGAUCCCUGGCCCCGUCCCGCUUUGGCCAAGUGUUGCUCUGGGGUUUUUAGCUGCUCCUUCGCAGGCUACUGGACUGCCCAACUCUGAGUAGUAGCCACUCUGUGAACAUGAAAAAUGGACAGCAGUUCUGGCUUUAGCCAGCACUCAUGUCUUUAAUAGCUCCACCAUAUGCUAUUUAAUAAAUGGCUUAAAAAAGAAAAAAAUAAAUGUUUAGAUGAAAAAGGCUUCCUAGCUGAG